GGUACGGUACUGGGUCAAUCGUACCUCGCAUGGCAUGCUCUAAGGCUUAACAUCUGCAAACUGCAACUGCAAACAAGCAAGCAACUCAGCAUCCAUGCAUUGCCGUGGCCAACUAGAGGGACCAUGGCUAUGCCCAGGUGUAUGGCUCAACCGCUGUUUGUCUGCUUAGGUAGCUAAGUAGCUACACUGAGAUGAGUACCAUGGCACCUCUCGGGAUGCUAGCCGUCAGUGUUACCCAUCCAACGGCUCGAGCUCUCAUCCAUGCCUAUUCUUUUCCAUCGGCGUCCAAUCUCUUUUGCUUAUGGCGUGGCUUAAUCGCCGGUAACGUCAUGGACAUGGAUGAUACCUUUCGAACCCGUCCAUCCGCCUUAUACAUCACAUACAUCACAUACAUGGUGAGACCCAAAACUGGUCUUAUUCAUCUAGACCCAUCCUCGCCCCUUUCUCUUUGGUUUACUAUUUCCUCUUCGGUAACAAACCCUUUCUUGAUUUUCAUUUACUCCUUAAUUCUUGAAUUUUCAUUGUGUCAUUUCCUACCUUGUCGUUUGGUUACGUAUUGUUCCUUGGGUCUAGGUAUCUUCCAUUUACUCUAUUCUUCGUGGACUAUGCAAACCCAUGUGGUGGAAUGCUAGCUACUUCUUCUUAAGACCUUUCCUAUUUCAUAUACUUGGCAGGCCGUUUGACAUCAUAUAGCCCGGGUCGAGGCCACCAAACACGCCCACACGAAACAUAAUUACACAUUAAUUUCCUUCGGUACCAACGGGGA